UUCCUUGGUCACGGAUCGCGGUGCCACUCACUACUGUACUGUAUUGUGCUGCACGCUGCUGCUGUUGGGUUAAUUAACUAGUUACGUGCUCAUCUCAUGCUUGUAUAUAACUCCCUCCGUUCUCUUCCUGCCUCUCUCUCCUUCUGCUUUCCCUCCAUCCAUUGAAAAAAAAGUACUGUACCUACCUACUAUCGCCUUUUGCCAUCACUCGUUUACGGCAAUCCCUCUCAAUACCCAACUAAAAUACCAACCUUCUUCAAGAUGAAGUACGCAUACUCCGCCCUCGCCCUCAUGGCGCUCUCCGGCCUAGCCCAAGCCCAGAUCCCAGCCUGUGCCACGACCUGCAUCUCCAACGCCGUGACCUCCGCCACGACGUGCUCCGAGACCGAUCUCAGCUGCCAAUGCAGCGCUUCCAACGAAGCGGCCAUCCAGACCGCAGCUACGUCGUGCGUCUUGGCCGCCUGUGGCGCUACGGAGGCUCUUGGUGCGUUCUCCACCUUCCUUCUCCUUAACUCUGAGAAAAUAUACAUAUUAACAAGAGAAAUAGCCGUCCUCAGCGCCGCGCAAGCAGCGUGCUCGUCCGUCAACGCUGCGGGGACAAGCACCACCGCCUCGUCGUCCAGCACCGCACCAUCCUCUUCCUCGUCCGUCGUUGUCGCGACUACUACCUCGACUGCUGAAUCGACCGCUGAAUCAACCGCUUCGUCGUCCUCCUACGUCGCGUCGUCGACCUCGGCUUCCGUCUCAACAACGGUCGUUAGCAGCAGCGCCUAUUCCACCACUGCGAUGGCCACUGCUACUUCAUCUGCUGUCGUUGCCAGCAACGGGACUUCGACUACGAGCAGUGCGCCCAUCCAGGUCACUGGCGCGGCUGGAAACUUGGCUGCUGGAGCUGGGAGCGUGGUUUUGGCUGCUGGACUUGCUGUCCUGGCUGCGUUUUAGGGAAUGGGGAUGGAGAUCAUGUAAUGAGGGAGGGAGGGAUGUAAUUGUGUCUUUGUAGCUGCUGCUGUUGCUGGGGCUUGAAAAGGAAAGGUGGGUUUGCAUUGUUGUGGUGUAUUUAUUUUGAGAAAAUAAUAAAUUUUUGGUUUACAUUGCCUUCAUUACCAUCCUAUUCUUAACCUGCAAAGAUGGUUUGAGCUUCAUG